CCAGCUUCUCUCGCCAGCUUGCCAUCAGCUCCUCGCUAGCCUAGCUAUUUCUAACUCGCAAGCGUAGCCCACUUGAUCAAAAUGGGCGCUGUUUCAGCCGUACUCAUCGUCCUCAUUACAAUCCUUUUUCCUCCGAUUGGCGUUUGGGCCGUUGCUGGAUGCGGCGCCGAUCUGCUUAUCAACAUCUGCUUCACGGUUCUUGGAUAUCUCCCAGGCCAUAUACACGCCUUCUACCUUGAAUUUGUGUAUUAUGACCGUCGAGAGCAGGCCAGAGAAGGCCGCUAUGCUGCCCGCCGAGCUCCCGGCGUAUACAGCGACCGCGUACAAACCGGCGGCUAUGGGUACGGGACAGUGGUUCCGCCCGGCACUCACUGAAUAGAUAAUAUACGAAGGAAGGGGCCUCAACUUAAUCACGAGAGAGGUGUUUCGGGUUUUCAGGGGCACUAGGGAAUUUGAUAUUUUCAAAGAACCGUGUUACCUAGUUGGUAUUUAUCCCAUCACGUUAAUCGAGAUGAUCUUUCGGAUUUUCUAGAGCAGAUAUCGGUAUUGGCGACAUAAUGUAAACUUCAAUGUUGUUUCCUAUUUUGGGGGGGGGGUUCAAUUUCGAA